AUGAAGUCCAUUACAGUUAUAAUUGUUUUGGUUGCCAUAGUUUUUGUUGUGGCAGAUUCCGCCAAUGAAUCACUUAGUCCAGAAAAACGUAGUUUUAGUGAAGAAUUCAGUUCUUCUGAGAUAGGACCAAGUGUUAGUUCUCCUUCUGGAUUGAACUCUGGUCAUAGUCUUGCUACUACUUAUGAAUCAUUGUAUGAACGAAAUAAUGGUGGUAAUUCAUUAGCUGUUCCAUCUACAGUAGGAGUAGCUGAUGAUACUUCCAUCAUUGGAGUUGUUUCUAUUCCUACCACUUAUUCAGUAUCUACUCCUACUUCAUAUGCUAUAACUGCACCAGUCCCAUUACCCACUACGGGUCCGUUAAUUCAGAUAUCUAAAGAAGUGUUUGUCAUUAAUCGUCAUGCCCAGCCAGUAUCUUCCCCGUACCCAGUUCCAAUACAAAGAAAUGUUGCCAUACCUAUUCCAUCGCCAGUUCCUUUCCCUAUUGAUCACCCUUAUGCUGUCCGAGUGGCCGCUCCAUAUCAUGUUCCAGUAGAAAAACCAGUUCCUUAUAAUGUUAACAAACCAAUUCCCCAACCAAUUGCUGUUCCUGAUCCUGUGCCAAUUAUUCAAAAUGUUCUUUUUCCAGUAUUUAGGCCAUUCCCUAUACCCGUAGUCAGUCGUAUUCUAGUGCCUGUUGUUACACCAAUCAUCAAUCAAGCUUCACAACCAACUAUAACUUCAGCAUCAGUUUAUAAUUCAUCAUAUCCCGCUUCAUCUGCUAUUCCUAGUGGAUAUGGUCCUUACACUUUUUACAGUGGAUAUGGAUUAGACACCUCCAGUUAUUCUUCUUCUUCCUAUAGCUCGUACAAUCCAUCAAUAUCAUCUUUACCUCACGGAUCAAAUUAUAGUCCAUCUUUGUCAUCGUAUGGAUCAUUAUACAGUCAACCAUUAUCUCCUGAUUCUUCUUUAUAUAGUUCCUCAACUUCUUAUGACAGUUCAAAAUAUGGUAGCUGUAAGUGGACUCCAAUUUACAAACACAAUACGGAUGAUAAAUACACUUGUUUCCUAGAUAGAAAUAGUUGCAGUAAAGAUUUCCUUCAAAGAAUUUUAAACAUGAAAUUAUUAAUAAUAACAUUGCUUUUGUGUUUGUGUUUGACUGAUUGUUUGUGCAAUAACACCAAUUUAAAAAAUGAAGAAAAUUCUAGAAAUUUAAAAACGGCUAAACAAAGUACUGACCAUUAUUAUUCAGAGGCAUCGAGUGUGUCUGGCGUUGGAACAUUUGGUGUUCCAACGAUACCAUUUGGUUCACGAGAUGUAAGAUUUGACCGGCCCACUUUUUAUCCAACAUCAUAUGAGAGUCCAGUGACAUAUCCAGUUAAUUACAAUAGACUUGAACCGUACCCGACACCUUUCGAUCGCCCUCUUUCUUAUCCGAUUACGGUUGACCGAUUGAUACCGUACCCAAUACACGUGGAAAAACCUUUGCCUUACCCGGUCCAGGUCGAUCGUCCGGUACCCUAUCCCAUCCACGUAGAAAAGCCAAUGCCAUAUCCGGUGCACGUGGACCGACCAUACCCAGUGACAAUCGACAAGCCCGUACCGUAUCCCGUUCACGUUCCCUAUAAAGUGUCAGUGCCUGUCGAUAGGCCAUAUCCCGUGCACGUACCGAUUCCUAAACCAUAUCCGGUUGACAGACCAGUUCCUUUCGCGGUGCAAGUGCCUGUCCAAGUACCUGUAGUACAACAGGUCCCCUAUGAAGUGUCCAAGCCUUAUCCUGUUGUAGUCACCAAGCCAGUGAUGGUACCACAACCAGUACUCUGGGAAAAACCAUCUCUAUACCCAGUGUAUAUUGAUAGGACUGAUCCACAGACAGCAGCAUGGGGAAAUUCACCUAACUACAUAGGAGUACCAGUGUUUAGCAAUCGUGACUACCCGUACGGUUCAACAUCUGGCUAUAAUAUAGGAGUAAACCACGCGUUAACUGGACUCGGAGCGAAUAAAAAUCUGAGCGGAGGAAGUCAACUGAGUAUAAACAACGUGGCCAGUACCUUAAUGGGUAAUGCGUAUAACACGAUGCAAGGACUGAUAAGUCCUGGUGGCAGUUUUUCGGGAUAUGCUUCAGGACACAAUAGUUAUUUGGGGCCAAAGACUUCGGGAUUCACGGCCAAUAUCAAUAAGUAAUUCGACAAUACUAUUGUUAUUUAAGUAUUCGAAGAAAACAUCUUUAUAACCAUAGAGACGAAUUAAACGCAUCUCCUCGAUUUUGUACUGUACAUAAGUAUGACAUGUAAUGAGUGUCCCGUGAUUAUUAAACGAAAUUUAGAAUUAAAUAUUUUAAAUUAAUAUUAUAAAAGUCGAUUAUUUUUCGUAUGAUUAGUGUGACAAGCAUAUAAA